CGUUUCGUUUCUCUCGCGAGGAUGCGUUCAUCCGUCGCCCGUCAAUAAACAUCGACGCGCCUAACCGCGAGAAAUCUGCCGAUUUCGGCGUCGUUACGAUGACUGUGUUAGCCUAAGAUCGGGCGAACUGCCUCGAAAUUAAUCGUUAAGUAUUAAACGAAAAGUGUAUCGUUACCAGAGUGUGUGGAUGAAACAGUGCCAGAGGAAAAUGUCGAGACGUAAAACGAACGGUAACCAGCCCGUCGAGGCGAUCCUGACGUGCAUGCUUCUCGUCUGCUCCUUCCUUGCCACCAAUUGUCAACAAGGAACAGUCGUGUCUUGGGACAAAUUCUCACGGUUGAUACCAACGAAUUCGGUGUACGAGCAACCGGAGAAAAAUGCCUCUCCAUCUCCUAGCCACACGGUGGAGCAAUUUUCACACUCCUUGGACGAGAACAACGUCAUGGAGUCGUCGAAAAUAAAUAUGAAAAAUAGUGCACACGAAGAGGCGGAAGACGAAGAAGUUUACGAAGACGAGUACGAGACUGAAACGGAUCCAAAGAAAGAAUCCGAAGACUCGAGGCUCUCUAAAAUCACCAACGAAGCGUUGAGGCGCGAGAAAAUUCUGUCUUCUUUAAACUCAAAGACGGAGGACUCGUCCAGAGAUGAGGAUUACGUCGAAGAUCCCUCGACGAGUCAAUACGACACGUAUUAUUACUACGACGACUACGAAAGUAAUAAUCGAUCGCGAUAUGUGUCCGUAGCAAACGCUGAUACCUUGGACUACCCGGACGCAGAAGAGGAACAAAAAGAAGAGGAAGAGUCCGGUGCGAAUGAGGCGCAAGCAGAUGAGUACCGUUCCUUGGAAACGGAGAAAGACACGGCCUCCAUUCGCACGGCAAGCGCGAACAAUUCCACGUCGGAUCUUAUCGAAGAAACAGAUCUGGACACGCUAAUCUCGACGACGAACGCCGAGGAUGGCUCGUCGAUGGAGGGUAGCGAUCAGACAUUUUCCUUCGCGGAAGCGAAUUCCUCGGCUGACAGCUCGAUUUUGAUCGGGGAAGCUGUGGUAUCCGUGGUGACAACAAAGAGCGUCGUGAAUGGCACGAUAUCGGUUCCUACGACUUCUUCGCCCACCACGACCGAGCAAGUCGCGGCACCGCCCUCGUCCACGUCUACGAUGACGACGGAGCAACCAGGGACGGCAGUGACGACCGAGGACACGUCCAGGAUACUGGCGUCCGUACAAACGAGUCGCAGCAUUUCCGGCGCGCGUUUCUUACCGUUCCCCGUGAUAGAUCGCAUUGAACCGAUCAACCCGAACAGCGAGAAGAAGACGUCAACGCCUCCGGAAUCCACGGAGAGCAUCAUCGACAAACUGGACAGAGUCCAGUCGGAGCUGUCCAGCGGGUUCCUCGCUGGCGGUUUCAGAACAGCCGGCAACUCGCUUCAGUUGGACGUUCUUGGCGACAGAGAUCGUAACAAUCGACGAAGGUACACCACCACUGCUAAGACACCAGUCAUCAGUAAAUUCGUGCCGCAUCGGUACGACAAGAGGACCAACUACGCAACCGCCACGCCGAGACCACGGAUAGACACAACGCUGGAUAGCCUCGAAGGACUCCUACCCCGCGAUUACCUAUCGAAGAACCCCGCUUCGGGUUCUGCACCCUCGAAAGUCGGUUUCAGGUGGCCCACAAAGAGCACAACCGUGUCUGUAGCAACCACGACUCAACUCACGACCACUACCCCAGCUUCUACUACGAGGAGGACAAAGAGUAAUACGGUCGUGCAAGACAUCAGUGCCUUCUUGCCACCUGGAUACAAACUGAAGAAAGAGGACGCGCCUGUCACGGAGAGCUCUCUGUUGACUGACAUUCUUGCAAAAUCUAAGAUUGAUAUCUCGUCGUUGUUACCCCCGGAUUUUAAAAAGAAAAACGAAGGAAGUUCGAUCGCGAAGACCGAAUUGAGCACAACAACAACGGUGAAAACCGUGGAUAUUACAAAGGAGAAAUCGCCAGAGAAAACAAUUCAGGAUCUGUUUGCAAAGUCCAAAUUCGAUAUUUCUUCUUUACUACCGCGCGACUACGAACAAAAGACAAAAAAUACCAGUUUGGAAACAAAGAUCAUUGAAGUACGCACUGAGAAUUCAACCGAGUUGAAUACAUCGGAAAUGACAGACACUAAUGCCGCCACGACGGCGAAACCUGGCAGUUUGAAAAUUGUAUUCCCCAGCAGACCAGGUGGCCGAAAACCUAUUCAUAAGAUCACUACCCCGCAAACUCCUCGAGGCGAUGCGCCUGGCGCAGUUACGCUGAAAAUACAGAAGGGAUGGCCCACCAGAGCUACGACUGAAUUUACUGGAUGGCCCACUCCGUCGACGACUCCAAUCUCGAUAGAAAAGUUGCUAGAAGCUGCCCGUACCGCGACAAUUUCGUCUCUGAACGCAUCGCUUAUCCCAAUAACCGAAACAACAUCGAGCACUUCGACUACGACGACCACGACGACCACGCCCAGACCUACCACUCCAGGAAUUUGCGAGGAAGAAUGCGAAGUUGCUGGAACAAUAAGGAUAAUCGGUAACGCAACCUGGGUACCGGAAUUACUCGAUCGAAAUACUCAAGAAUGGCAGAACCUUGCCAAUGAAAUCGAGAAAGAGAUGAAUUUCAUAUUCUCGAAAUCGUCGGUUCUGACAAAGUGGUAUAAGAAAAUAAGAAUUGAUUCGUUCAGCGAGGGUAGUAUAUUGGUAGACUACUUCAUCGAAUUGGCCAAUUUGGAGCAGACAGUUAACACGCAAGAGUUAAAAGUAAUUUUCCAUGAUUCGUUGCGGACAUACAACGGAAACAGAUGGAACGAUACAAAAACCAAAGGCACGAUAAAACUAGGAACAUUUACAAUUGAUCCAAAAUAUACAGACUUUGUGGUAAUACCUAAAGUAACUACCCCUCAGUACAUUGAAAAAGACGACAGAUUAAUUCCACAGUGGGCCAUUGCUGUAAUCGUAAUUGGUGUUGGUGGAUUACUUUUUAUCAUAAUAUUUGGCGUGUCGGUUCUGGUAAAUCGUCAUGGUUCAAAAUUAAAACCAUCCGUAUCUGCAAUUUACGAAGAGGAGGUAGCGAAAAAUAUAACAGCUCACAGAUCUAGCGACUACUCGAAACCGGUACAUACAAUUUGGACUGACCCGGAUGUUUCUUGGAAUGAUAAAUCUUUCGAAUCGACCUCUAACAAGAUACUUGUCGAAAAACCGUUUCAAGACAACAAGAAAUACAAUAUGUAUGAUAGUUGGCGAUCGGAAUGGAAUGGUUAUUAUUGUAAUGGAUCUCACACUAGCAGUAAAUAUGGUGGCUACGACAGUACAACAAAUUUAUCGAGUCGUCAUCAUCCUGAUUAUGACACGAAUUUCUAAAAUUGACGGUAAUAAAAUGAAAUUUCUAUCAACUCCACUUUUAUUUAAUUUAUUCAGUGCCUUAAGUAAGUACGACAUAGGAAUCUACCACACUGACAUGUAUAUUGUGCUUAAACAAUGAAAAAAAUAUCAUAUAAAACAAUCGUUCAUCUUACAUUAUUUUAUCUUAGGAUUUUACUACACUUAUGUAUAGUAUUUUGUAUAGUUGUUAUCUAAUAUUGAGCAAGCAGUAUCUUAUAUUUUACUCCAGAAAAUUGUUAUCGAACGGUUCAAUCAUUUAU